AUGAAUGAAGCGAAGGUCGUGAAGAAAUCAACUGUAGCGAAGGAUCAAGCGGUGAACAAACAUGUGAAACUUCUGCUGCCAGUCAAUACCUUUCUGAACAUAUUCUUCUCUCAUGGUGCCCUGCACGGAAUUGCAUACUUGGGAAAAUCAUUCCUCCACAUAAUGGAAAAGUCAAUGUGGAUCAGUUUGAUUGCAGUUUCACUUUAUUUUUGCGCCAAACUUAGCCUGGAAUCUUGGGAACGCUUUCAAACCAAAAGCACGGUGGUUACGAUCGAGAAAGACCACUACUACUGGAACAUUUCGAUGCCCAGUUUAACCAUCUGUCCAAUGAACCGAAUCGAUAGAGAAUUAUUUUUUGAUUAUUGCGCAAAUAAUAUCUUCGAACCGGAGGAACAGGAGGAAAUGUUCGACUUCAUUGAAUCGCUGGCUAACUCUACCUACAUGAACUUUCGCAACAUCAAAGGUUCAUCGAACGUUGACCGUAUUCUCUCCAUGCUCCGCGUGCAACCGAAAGAUUACAUGAUGCUGAUUGCGAACCUUACAAAGGAUCUAACCCGGCAGGACCACCAGGAGUUUCGGGUACGCACUUUAGCCAACCUGGAGUACAUCCGAACGCUACAGACAUUGACUGAGUACGGUAUUUGCUACACCACGAACAGCUUGAUUGCUCCCAAUUUAUCGACAAGAGAUACUUCAGUUAGACAACGUGGAUGUCGCUUCAAUUUCGAGUCAAACCUUACUCACUAUAGUAUAUACACGAAAGAAAUCUGCAUUCAGGAGUGCCGGCUUAAGAUUGCAUAUGAUCGCUGUGGAUGCAUUCCACACUUUUAUCCUAAUAAUAUAAGGCGUCCGAAGCCCGUGUGUGACUACCGAACGCUAAAGAUUUGCUUUCCUCCGCUAGAGGAAAUGUUUCUCGAAUUUCAAACCCGUGGUCAUCACGACAAGGUCAACUGUUACUGUGAACAGAAUUGCGUUGCAUCAAAGGUUGUCGUUGAAAAAAUGCAGGUACUCGUGGGCACAAGAAAGCUUCUCGGCAGCAACGGCGGACUAGUAAUGAUGAAACGAUUUCCGCUUAUCCGCUUCAGUCGACAGGUGUUAUUUACCUUCACUGAUUUACUAGUAUCCAUCGGGGGAACGGCUGGCUUUUUCCUUGGCUUGAGUGUGCUAGGCGUGGUGGAAAUCGUCUACUUCUUCACCCUCCGAAUGCUUUGGUACAUGCAGGGCCGCCGUUGAAGGAAACGCCACAUCCCGCAAAUGAUGGGUGAUUUUUUGUCUGCUCGCAUGAAUAAAUUGUUAGGAGAUUUUGACCGAUAGUGUGUAGUAAAU